UAAUAACGUGACAAAAGUCGACGGCGACACCUCUUUUUUUGUACCUGCCCUCCCUCCUUCCAAAUCCCUUUCAUGUCGCCCCAACCCGAACCAGUAGCGCACGGAACCCCAUCUAAAAUCCACGCCCCCACUCCUCCCACCUCAUCCGGCGGGUUUCGGCGUUCCUAUCGUCGUCGGGAAACCUCUCCAGCUGUGGCACGGCAAGCAACCUAUCCUCUCCGCCGCUCACCUGGUCUCUGAAGCAAAGUCCUCGUCUGUGCUAGGCGUAUAUGGGGAUUGGCGUUGAGCGAGGAGAGGCCGGAGAGUAGUGUAGAGUUGGGUGCCUGUGGAGCUCAAGGUUCGUAGUAUGGCUAAAAGGUGCCUUUUUGGUGGUUCCUCCGCGGCGCAAGCGCACUGGGAAUAAUUUUCUAAUGAGCGGAGGUUGGGUAAAAUAACUAUAAAGAGAGCGAGAGGUGGAAAGGUGCAAGCUUUCUUGCCCUUAAAAGAAGAAUGGCGAGUGUGGGCCGAGGAAGAACCUUUCUUGCUUCAACGCAUUUCAGAUCGGCUGUGUGAUUUUUGGGGAUUCACCUAGCCUAAAUUAAUGAAGCUUCCUGCGGCUUGUGGAUUAGUGGGGGAUUCCCUCGAAGGAGAAAAGAAGAGAAUUGAUUCUGAGCUAUGGCAUGCUUGUGCUGGACCGCUGGUAUCUUUGCCGCCAGUAGGUAGCUUGGUGGUGUACUUUCCCCAAGGUCACAGCGAACAGGUUGCGGCCUCAAUGCAAAAGGAGGUUGAUAGUAUACCAAACUAUCCCUCGCUACCUUCUAAGCUGAUUUGUGUGCUUCUAGAUGUCACUUUGCAUGCUGACGCUGAAACUGAUGAGGUUUAUGCACAAAUGACUCUUCAACCUGUUAACAAUUAUGACAGAGAUGCAAUGAUGGCAUCUGAAAUGGGUCUGAAACAAAACAAGCAACCAGCUGAGUUUUUUUGUAAAACACUUACAGCUAGUGAUACAAGCACUCAUGGUGGAUUUUCUGUACCCCGCCGUGCUGCAGAAAAAAUAUUUCCACCUCUAGAUUUCACAAUGCAACCACCAGCUCAAGAAUUGGUUGCCAAGGAUUUGCAUGGUGUGUCUUGGACUUUUCGGCACAUAUAUCGUGGUCAACCCAAACGGCAUCUACUCACUACAGGAUGGAGUGUGUUUGUUAGCACAAAAAGGCUUUCUGCUGGUGAUUCUGUUCUCUUUAUCCGAGAUGAGAAGUCACAACUUUUGUUGGGUAUACGGCGUGCAAAUAGACAACAACCUGCUCUAUCAUCUUCUGUCUUAUCUAGUGACAGUAUGCACAUAGGGAUCCUUGCUGCUGCUGCUCAUGCUGCUACAAAUAAUAGCCCAUUUACUAUUUUUUACAACCCCAGGUGUUGCAGGGCGAGCCCCUCAGAAUUUGUUAUCCCUUUGGCCAAGUACAAUAAGGCAGUAUAUACCCAGGUGUCUCUUGGCAUGCGGUUUAGAAUGUUGUUUGAGAGUGAGGACUCUGGAGUCCGUAGAUAUAUGGGUACUGUUACAGGUAUUAGCGACUUAGAUCAUAUAAGGUGGAAAAAUUCACAGUGGCGCAAUCUCCAGGUUGGCUGGGAUGAAUCAACUGCAACUGAGAGACGGAGCCGAGUUUCAGUUUGGGAAAUUGAACCAGUGGCAACCCCUUUUUAUUUAUGCCCACCUCCCUUUUUCAGGCCCAAAUUUCCUAAACCAGCAGGAGUUUCAGAUGAGUUUGAUGUGGAAAAUGGUUUCCAAAGUGUUAUGCCAUUGCUGAAUGAUGAUUUUGGCUUAAGAGAUUCUCAGUGUGCAAUGUUUCCUGGUCUUAGCCUGGCUCAGUGGAUGUCUAUGCAGCAGAAUUUGCAGAGAAUGACAUCAGCAUCUCAACCAGCAUGCUUACCCACAGUGCCAUCUAUGCAUGAUGGGGCUGCGAUAGAGGAUCCAGUAAAAAUGUUAAGUUUCCAAACGCAUCCAGCAUCUGCCCCCAGUUUGAGUUCCAAGAAUCCUCAAACUCAACAAUUGCACUUGCCUCAUCAACUGCAGCAAACUCAGUUGCCACCUCACACAUCUGUUUCUUUAAUGCCCGUACUGCAACAAAAAUUUGUCCAUCUGCAACAACUUCAACAACAGGGGCAACUACAGCAGCCUCAACCUCAAAAACAAAAAAGUGUUGUUAAUCAAGAACCUGAAGAUGAUAUGCAACGUCAGGAAUCCAGCGGACAGAUUGUACCUCAAAAUCAUUUACCAGGUCAACAUUUGCAACUUACCUAUUUACAACAGCAAGGAUUACAGGACUCUGCUUUAACAAGCCUGGUCUCUCUCCAACCCUCAGCUUUACCUCAGAUUUUGCAGGCUCAACAACCACUAGAGUAUCAGCAAUCUCUCUUGCAGAAACAGCAAGAGCAAAUUCUUCAAAUGCAGUUGCUACAAAAGAUUCAGCAACAUCAGUUACUUUCUCAGCUUAGUCCUCAAGUACAAUCUCAGUUACCACAGCUAAUAGCUCAGCAGAAUCAACAUCUUCAAGAGCGGCAAGAUUUGCAAACCUACCUAGAUGGGUCCAAACUCCUGCAGCUACAAACAAAGCAAUUGCACCAUGUGCAAAAUAACAAUAUCCUAGAUAACCAUAAGUCUCUACUUUUCACAAGUCAAUCCAUGCUCAGGGGUACUGAUGGUCCAUCUUCAGCAAACUUACCCUCAACUGAUGACCACAUUGCUUCUUUUAGCUUCCAUGGAAAAUCUCAGCAAGGGGCAGCAAUUUUGGUUGACGAGACUGCUGUGCCUCCUAUGGAUAAUUUACUGCAGGAAUUUCAGAGGAAACCUCAAGCUCUGGUCAAGCAUGAGCAGUCAAAAACAAAAGAGUCAAUCCAGCUCCCUAACCAAUUACCUGUUGCUGAUCAGCUAGAUGCUUCUUCUACAACCUCCUUCUGCAUAGAAGGUAGUGAGCAGGGUUUACCACUUCCUUCAAAUUGUCCAAAUGGUAAUGAUCGAGAUCAUAGGGAUAGUUUUCUUCUGGGAGUGAUACCAGAUGCCUUGCUCUCAAGAGGCCUUGGUACAGGGAAGGAGAUACAGAGUAUAGUUUCUGGUUAUGGCCAGCAGAAAGAUGUAGAUACCGAGCUGUCUACUGCGGAUAUCAGUUCCCAGUCAUUUGGCAUGGCUGAUAUGCCCUUUAAUCCUGGUUGUUCAACUGAUGUAGUCAAUGAGGGUGUUCUUAGUAGAGUCUGGACAAACAAACCAUCUCGGAUGCGAACUUACACUAAGGUUCAAAAGCGGGGAUCUGUUGGAAGAUGUAUUGAUGUAACACGCUACAAAGGUUAUGCUGAGCUGCGACGUGAACUUGCGCGUAUGUUUGGGAUAGAAGGGCAAUUAGAAGAACCACACGGAACAGAGUGGAAGCUUGUAUAUAUAGACCAUGAAAAAGAUCCGUUACUUGUUGGUGAUGACCCUUGGGAGGAGUUCAUUACUUGUGUGCAGAGCAUUAAAAUAUUAUCAGCAGCAGAAGUCCAGCAGAUGAGUUUGGAUGGUAACUUGACGUGCUUAUCUGUGCGAAACGAAGCAUGUAGUGGAUCCAACAACGGCAAUGUCUGGAGAGGCCAAUUGGAUGAUGCCUCAUUUCCAUCUUUGCGUCAUUAGGUUUAUGACGUGCUUCAAUAGGUGAUUAGCUUGGGAAAGGAAUUUCUGUAGAUCCGUUGCAACACUUUGACUAGCUUGGUACUCUUGCGUAACACAUGAAGCUUCAGUUUUCCUCAUGGCGCACUAUCUUGAAGUUUGCCUGGUUUUUUAGUUUUUCUUAGAACUACUAUUUGGUAUAAUUAUGAAGAGAACUAGUGGCAUUACCUGUACAUAGUAUGGUAUGCCUAAGAAAUAACAUUAAUCAUUUCCUAGUCUACAGCUUUAUGCAUAAUUUUGCAACAACAGAGGUAUAUUGUGCAGGAGAUUAACUAGUUUGAUUAUAUCAUUUUAACAUUAUGAGAAACAGCAAUAAAAAAUGCUUCGAUAUGGAAAUGAAUGUAUUUGACUAAAAA